AUGCAUCUUCGUGGAGUUUUCCGUGCGGCAAAACUGCCAAGAGGCCAAGGCGCGAUCGGCACCAAGUGGGUGUUCAAGAUCAAGCGCAAAGCGGAUGGAUCGGUCGAAAAAUACAAGGCGCGUCUCGUUGCCAAGGGCUUCAAGCAGAAGUACGGCAUCGACUACACAGAGACGUUCUCGCCCGUGGUCAAGUACGUGACACUGCGUAUGGUGAUCGCGAUCACCAAGUCUUUCGACUGGCCACUGGACCAACUCGAUUUGGUGACAGCCUUUCUCUACGGAGUGAUGAAGGAGAAGGUGUACUGCGUGAUACCAGAAGGCGUCGAAAUGGAUGGCGACUUCGACUGUCUCGAGUUGGUGGAGGCGAUCUACUGUCUCAAGCAAGCUUCACGUGUGUGGAACGAGACUUUCGAUGAGUUCGUAUGCUUUAUCGGUUUCGAAGUGUCGGCGUUCGACCCAUGUCUCUAUAUCAAGGUUGUCGAUGGUCACUGUGUGCUCGUGCUGGUCUACGUGGAUGACGUGUUGGUCACCGGCAGCUCGCUCGAGUUGAUUGCGCAGACGAAGGUCGACCUCAAGACGCGUUUCGAGAUGACCGACAGUGGCAAGUGUACUUUUGUACUGGGCAUCGAACUGGUGGACGAAUCGGAUGGCAGCGUGACGAUGUGCCAGCGACGGUAUGUCAACGACAUCCUCAAGCGCUUCGGCAUGGAUGAGUGCAAGGCCGCAGCAAGUCCGGUCGACUUGAGCACUCGGCUUGUCGCAAGCACCGAAGCGGCCAAGAUCGACGUUCCGUUUCGUGAAGCUAAUUCGCAGCAAGAACAUUGGACGGCGGUGAAGCGCAUCUUUCGUUACUUGCAAGGGACCAAGUCGCACGGACUCCGCUUCCAGCCAAGCGACAAGAUCGACUUUCGUGGCCACUCGGACACGGACUGGGCCGGCGACCACGCUGAUCGCAAGUCGACUUCGGGUUACACUUUCAUGCUGAUGGGCGCUCCUGUGAGUUGGGGAAGCAAGAAGCAGUCAAGUGUGUCGCUGUCGACGAGUGAAGCGAAAUACAUCGCACUGAGUCUGGCCAUCCAGGAAGGCAAGUGGGUGCAUCGCCUGCUAUGCGAGAUUUUGGCGGCCGCAAACGAACCAGGACCGGACCUCGUCAUCCGUGAAGACAACCAGUCGUGCAUCAAGAUGACGAAGAAUCCAGUGAAUCAUGGCCGCGCCAAGCACAUCGACAUCAAGUACCAUCACAUCCGUGAUGAGGUCAAGCGCGGUGAAGUGCAGCUCGAGUAUCGCGAGACUUCCGUGAUGAUGGCUGACAUCACGACCAAAGGACUUUCUGGACCUCGCCACAAGGACUUGACGACGGCUCUCGGCAUUCGUGCGAGUUCGGAUUGA